AUGGCUCCCACUCUCUCACUCUCUCUCAUCACUGCCUUCCUCCUCUUCACCACCUCCUCCGCCCUCGUCCCCGGCGGCGAGCAGCAGCAAGAAGACUCGCUGUGGCAGAACCUGCGCCACCAGCAGCAGCACCGCCUCCGCGCCCGCACCGACUGCCGGGUCGAUAGGCUCACCGCCCAGGAGCCGACCCUCCGGUUCGACUCCGAGGCGGGGCGGACCGAGUUCUGGGACCGGAACAACCAGCAGUUCGAGUGCGCCGGCGUCGCCGCCGUCAGGAACUACAUCAAGCCCAGAGGACUUCUCCUGCCCCACUACAACAAUGCGCCUCAGCUCCUCUACGUCGUUAGAGGCCGAGGACUGCUCGGAGUAGUAAUUCCCGGCUGCGCCGAGACCUUCGAGACCGAGAUGAGGCAGCGAGACCAUGACCGGAGCAGGAGCUUCGUGGAUCGGCACCAGAAGGUCCGCCAGUUCAGGCAAGGCGACGUUAUCGCCUUGCCGGCCGGGUUCACUCUCUGGUUUUACAACAACGGCGACGAGAGGCUCGAGACCGUCGCGUUGCUCGACACCGGCAACCAAAUCAACCAGCUCGAUCACACAUUCAGGAACUUCUUCCUAGCCGGAAAGCCACGAGGCGAAGCACAAGGCUCGGAGAGCUACCGUAGCCGCCGGAGGGGAGAAAGCGAACAAAGCGAGAGGGACAACAUUUUCAAUCCGUUCGACGACGAGCUUCUAGCCGAGAUCUUCAACGUGGACAUAGAGACGGCGAGGAAAUUGAAGAGCCAGGACGACUUCCGAGGGCAAAUCGUGCAGGCCGACAGGUUCGACAUCCUCUUCCCCGGGGGCGAGGAGGAGGAGAGGGAGAGCCGCAGGCGGGGCCGGUGGUGGGACGACCUCGAAGCCUCGAACGGGCUCGAGGAGACCCUCUGCAGUGCCAGGUUGAGGCUCAACUUGGAUGAGCCGGCGCGGGCGGAUGUGUACAACCCCCGAGGCGGCCGCAUCAGCGCCGCCAACAGCCAGAAGCUCCCCAUCCUCAGCUGGCUCCGCCUUAGCGCUGAGAAAGGUGUCCUCUACAGGAAUGCGAUCAUGGCGCCAACCUGGAACGCGAACGCUCACUCGGUGAUCUACAUCACGCGAGGGAGCGGUCGAUUCCAGGUGGUGGGCCAGGCCGGGAAGGCCGUGUUCGACGGCGAGGUGAGGGAGGGGCAGAUGAUCAUAGUCCCACAGAACUUUGCGAUGAUAAAGAAGGCGAACAACGAGGAGGGCCUCGAGUGGAUCUCCUUCAAGACCAACGACAACGCCGUCGUCACCCCGCUGGCCGGCCGGCUGUCGGCCCUCCGGGCGAUGCCGGAGGAGGUGCUCAUGAGCGCCUACGACAUCUCGAGGGAGGAUGCUAGGAAUUUGAAGUUUAAAAGAGAGGAAUCAAGGAUCAUGAGCUCGACUAGCAGGCGUUCAUCGAGAUAUCCUAGCCGUCCAUGGCCGAUUGAGUAUGCCUUGGAUGUGAUCAAGUCUAUGAUGUAAACAAACUUAAAAAAGUAGAUAUUCCACCAAAAUUAAUGUAGGGUUUUUGGAAUAAUGAGGGCUUCGAUGUGUAAUAUGAUGGAAUGUGGUUUCGUUUGAGUGAAUAAAAUUGGGUUUGCAGUCUUUUAA